AUGAUGCCCGAAAAGUCGGCGAUCAUCCUCGGUAUUGCAGCCCCACCCUUGCUGAGGCACUGGACAGAUGUACUACUCCAUGACGAACUUACCCUCGAACGCCGACAAGCUUGGCUUGGGUUGUUCUGUACCCCAUCUCGAAGUCGCAGAACGGAUUCAGCUACUGGGACGCGCAACCGGCGGAAGUCUCUAAAUCAUGCGGGUGGUGGUGACUCUCAGAGUCUCGCUGGGCUGGUGACAUGGGCGCUCAAGGAGUACAAGAGCGACCCCAAGAAUGUCUUCGUGGGCGGAUCCUCCGGUGCCAUGGAGGCCACCUGCGUGGUGGGCUGGUUCGCCAAUGUCGACGCCGAUGAGACCGACCUCGGCAAGGCUUACAACCCCAGCUACAAUGGGACCUGGCCAAAGAUGAUGGUCUUCCACGGCACUGCUGACACGGCUGUAACCAUCAACAUUCUGAAGGCCCAGCUUGAUCAGUGGAGCACAGCCCAGGGUUUCGAGUUCAGGGUAGUGGACACAUUCCACUGUUCCAGGAAGAUGCUACGGUCAAGUUCUUCGGCCUGUUGUGAGUGCAGAGGCUUUGGCUUUAGCAGUCCGGGACCGGUACGGCGCAAGACAGCCGUACCUCUAGGCCGUUAG